AUGACCAGCAUAUCUAAAUUGAAGCGCGAUGGAAUUGGAAGUCCAAUAGAAUUAAGAAUUGUUUGGAAAUGGAGGCAUGAUGUCCGUCGAUAUGAAACCUGGUUUCUUGGGGUUGACAGAUUUAGACUAACAAAACAUGAUGGCCAACCGUAUGUUCUUCUUAUUCUAACCGAUGACAGAGGCAGUGAGGUCCCAAUAAAUCUAUGGAAAGAAUGUUUUACGAAUCCUAUGAAAUUCAAUUGGAGUCUAAUCACGCCACCCCCUGCUAUGACAGUAGUAGCAGUUACAAAUCUAAAACCUUCAGUUUCUGGAGACAUUGUGUUCCAGGACAAAUGGUGUCAAAUGAUUUGUCCAACUUGUAGGGAUCCAAUCUUCAAAAGGGGAAUGCAAUGGUACUGCAGUGCACACUCGAAGAUCGAAAAACCCAUACUAACGCACAAGUUGCAUGUCACGAUAAACGAUCCAACUGCCACGAUGUCAGCAAUCAUAUCUAAAACAUCAUUUCGGAAACUGCUAAAUUCAAACUCUGAGCAUAUAGUACACGUCAAUAUAGUUGUUGACAGAAAGACCUUACCAAUGGUGAUCAGUCAGCACAUGGGGAAACAAAGAACAAUGUCUAUUCAAAUGCUAAAAAGAUCAAUUGACGAUAAUGUACGGUUCAUCAUAAUCGACAUAGAGAUACCAGUAAAAAGUCAACAAUCAGCUGUUCCAGCAACUCCAUCACAACCUCCAAUAACAAGGUCCGCAGUGGAACACAGCCCCCCUAUGUCAGACACAACCAGAGGACAUAUUGCACGUACCCUCACUUUUACUAUAAACGAUGAGCCGGCGCCUUCAGGAGAUGUCAAACGCACCCGGAAAAAAUAA